AAAGUUCCCUCCUUUAAUUUUUUGCCUCUUAUUGAAUUCUCUCCCUUCUGCAACUCUCUCUUCGUUGAUGUGAUUCUCCACUAUUCCCUCAAGAAGCCCCCAUUGCGACCUUUACUAAAAAGAAAGAGCAUCCUCACACAGGCCAUGGAUUUUCCAUCUCUCCCACCUUAUCUUGAUCCAUCCAACUGGCAACAGCAACAGACAGAUCAUCACCAAACUGGAAGCUCCAGCACAAAUACUCAGCUCCUGCCGCCACCACCACAACCUAAUGGAGGCGGUGGUGCCAGCUCGAUCAGGCCCCGUUUGAUGGCUGACGAGGCCCGCCUGGCCAACAUAACGAUGCCAGAGGGGCCGCUGAAAUGCCCUCGAUGUGAAUCGACCAACACAAAGUUCUGCUACUUCAAUAACUACAGCCUCUCCCAGCCGAGACACUUCUGCAAAACGUGCAGAAGGUACUGGACGCGAGGAGGAGCGUUAAGAAAUGUCCCUGUUGGAGGCGGUUGCCGGAGAAACAACAAGAGGAGCAAAUCGGGGAGCUCGAAAUCAGUGGCAAGUAGCAGCCAUCGGCAAAUCACAGCUCCGAGAUCGGGCUCUACUUGCAUACCGACCUCAAAUGGAGGGGCCAAUGUUGACACCACUGAAAUAUUAGGGGUCGGGACGCAGCUCCCACCGCUCGGCCACUUCAUGGCUCCUAUGCACUAUCUUCCUGAUAACUUGACUUUAUCAGCUGGCGCUGGACUUAAUUAUAAUACUGGAGUGCCUUCACCACUAGGAGACUUGAAUUUCCUGGCCGCGACCACCUGCGAUGGUGGAGCUUUAGAGCGGUGGCGCUUGAGCAAGCACAGCAGCUUUCCUCGUCGGGCAGGCUGGAUCCAAACCUGGGAUUGUACCCGUCUGAAGGCAGGUUUGAGUCAUUGA